UAUGUUGAGACCAUCAGCAGCAAGCAGAGCGACCUGGACCAGUACACAGCAGAGGGCUACAAGAAUGCACUGUCAGAGGAGAGGAGGAGGUACUGUUUCCUGGUGGACAGACAGUGUGCCGUGGCCAAGAACAACAGCUCCUACCACAGCAAAGUGAGCAAAGUCUGACUUUUCCCUUUUCAUCUACAGGUCAACAGUUUCUGUACCUAGGGUUGCAAAAUCCUGGAAACUCCCCUGGUUACAAUCAGAAGGGAUUAGGCAGGGAGGAAGUCCUCCAAUCAGAAUUUCAGGAAAAACGUGGAAUUUGGGGAAAGUUAAUGACAUUUUUCAACCCUACACUAUCUAGAAGGUGCUAUCUAGAGACUGAGCAGUGGGAUGAGAUAGGUGGAGAGGUGGAGGAGGAGAAGAAAGGAGAGGAGGGGGUGAGGAGGAGAAGAUGGGGGGAGACUGAGCAAUGGAAAGAGAGAGGUGGAGAGGGUAGGAAGGGAAGAGGUUGCGCAGUGUCCCACUUCCACAAGUACACUUAGUCCAGACGUGAAUCACCAGGGAGAGAGUGUGUGGGGGCUGACUGUCUAUAGACAAUACUGAUGUGCUGACAGAGAAAGAGAAGAAAGAGAGAGAGAGGAAGAGAGAGAGGAAUGGAGAGGAAAGAGAGCGAGAGGAAGAGAGAGAGAUUGAGAUCAAGGGAAGGAGGAAGAGAGCGGAGAGGGAGAGAAAGGAGGGGGAGAGAAAAAUAGGUUGGAAGCAAUUUCGAAAGACGCAGUGAAAAGGGAAAUAUGGAGAACGAGAGAUUGUAUAUGAAAAGAGUUUGUAGGGAGGCAAAGACAGAACGAUUGAGGGCGUAUUGUGUGAGUCACUUAGGAGGAGUGGGCGAGAGAGGACCCACUCUUCAGACAGGUUCUCCCUCCCUCUCCCUCUCUCUGUCUCUCUCUCUUGCUCUCUCUCUCUCUCUCUCUCUCUCUCUCUCUCUCUCUCUCUCUCUCUCUCUCUCUCUCUCUCUCUCUCUCUAGUCCACACUGUAGAACACUCCAACUUAAUACGGUAUGGUCGUGCCCUCCUUGUAUAAGACAGCCAUAAUGAAGGUGACAGAGCAGGAGCAGGGGAACCGAACCGAACAGGUUGAAGAAGUGUAUUGAGAUGAAAGAUGAAGAGGCAGGCCAUCUGCCAGUGGAGUCUAUAUCAUCUCCCCACAGGCCACACUCCCACGCACACGACACGCGGUACAUUACCUAGCCGAUACUGCCAACUGGGAGCUUAGUCACCUACUGGCACUGCUACCCGGUCCACCAACAGAGAGAGACCAAGGAGGAUCACUCUGACUGGUACACAGAAAACAAUAUGGAAGAAAACAUGGAUAGACACAUUUACAGUUGAAGUCGGAAGUUUACAUACACUUAGGUUGGAGUCAUUAAAACUAGUUUUUCAACCACUCCACAAAUGUCUUGUUAACAAACUAUAGUUUUGGCAAGUCGGUUAGGACAUCUACUUUGUGCAUGAUACAAGUAAUUUUUCCAACAAUACUUUACAGACAGAUUAUUUCACUUAUAACACACUGUAUUACAAUUCCAGUGGGUCAGAAGUUUGCAUACAUUAAGUUGACUGUCCCUUUAAACAGCUUGGAACAUUUCAGAAAAUGAUGCCAUGGCUUUAGAAGCUUCUGAUAGGCUAAUUGACAUCAUUUGAGUCAAUUGGAGGUGUACCUGUGGAUGUAUUUCAAGGCCUACCUUCAAACUCAGUGCCUCAUUGCUUGACAUCAUGGGAAAAUCAAAAGAAAUCAGCCAAGACCUCAGGAAAAAAAAAUGGUAGACCUCCACAAGUCUGGUUCAUCCUUGGGAGCAAUUUCCAAACACCUGAAGGUACCACAUUCAUCUGUACAAACAAUAGUACGCAAGUAUAAACACCAUGGGACCACGCAGCCGUCAUACCGCUCAGGAAGGAGACGCGUUCUGUCUCCUAGAGAUGAACGUACUUUGGUGCGAAAAGUGCAAAUCAAUCCCAAAACAACAGCAAAGGACCUUGUGAGGAUGCUGGAGGAAACCGGUACAAAAGCAUCUACAUCCACAGUAAAACGAGUCCUAUAUCGACAUAACCUGAAAGGCCGCUCAGCAAGGAAGAAGCCACUGCUCCAAAACCGCCAUAAAAAAGCCAGACUACGGUUAGCAACUGCACAUGGGGACAAAGAUCAUACUUUUUGGAGAAAUGUCCUCUGUCUGAUGAAACAAAAAUAGAACUGUUUGGCCAUAAUGACCAUCAUUAUGUUUGGAGGAAAGGGGGGAACGCUUGCAAGCCGAAGAACACCAUCCCAACCGUGAAGCAUGGGGGUGGCAGCAUCAUGCUUUGGGGGUGCUUUGCUGCAGGAUGGACUGGUGCACUUCACAAAAUAGAUGGCAUUAUAAGGAAGGAAAAUUAUGUGGAUAUAUUGAAGCAACAUCUCAAGACAUCAGUCAGGAAGUUAAAGAUUGGUCGCAAAUGGGUCUUCCAAAUGGACAAUGACCCCAAGCAUACUUCCAAAGUUGUGGCAAAAUGGCUUAAGGACAACAAAGUCAAGGUAUUGGAGUGGCCAUCACAAAGCCCUGACCUCAAUCCUAUAGAAAAUGUGUGGGCAGAACUGAAAAAGCGUGUGCGAGCAAGGAGGCCCCAUAGGAGGCGCACAAUUGGUCCAGCAUCGUCCGGGUUUGGCCAGUGUAGGCCGUCAUUGGAAAUAAGAAUUUGUUCUUAACUGACUUGCCUAGUUAAAUAAAGGUAAAAUUAAAAAUUAAAAAACCUGACUCAGUUACAUCAGCUCUGUCAGGAGGAAUGGGCCAAAAUUCACACAACUUAUUGUGGGAAGCUUGUGGAAGGCUACCCAAAACGUUUGACCCAAGUUAAAUCAUUUAAAGGCAAUGCUACCAAAUACUAAUUGAGUGUAUGUAAACUUCUGACCCACUGGGAAUGUGAUGAAAGAAAUAAAAGCUGAAAUAAAUCAUUCUCUCUACUAUUAUUCUGACAUUUCACAUUCUUAAAAUAAAGUGGUGAUCCUAACAGACCUAAGACAGGGAAUUUUUACUAGGAUUAAAUGUCAGGAAUUGUGAAAAACUGAGUUUAAAUGUAUUUGGGUAAGGUGUAUGUGAACUUCCGACAUCAACUGUAUGUAUGCUAUGGACAGAGACAAAUAGUAACAAAGAUUGAGGGAUAUGUCACUUCGAUAAAUACUGUCUGACAGUCAAACAAACUUCAUUGGUAUUUGGUAUGAAUGGGCACACUCAAGGUGCUAUUUAGAACCUAAAUGUGUUCUUCUGCUGUCCUCAUAGGAGAACCCUUUUUAUUAACCCUUUUUUCUAAGAGUGAAGUUUAUGGAGAAACCUGGCAACCCUGCUGAAUAUUAUAGCCUGUGUUACACUCAGAAAGCUUUAAUGAAUGGAGGUGGGGGUAAAACUGAUCAGCAGUAAGCUAAAGCAGGAAACCCAGAGCUGGGGAGAGAGCUGGAGGAAAGGCCUGGAGGCUACAGAUGGUGUCGCAGGCGGCCGCCCCCCUGCCUUGAGUGUUAUAAUCCUGGGAGGCUGCUGGUGGACAGCUUUGCGAUGAAACGGCUGCUAGACUGGUAAUGAGGCUGCUUCAGCUCCCCGGUCAACAGAUACUGUAGAAGAGCUGUCAGAGCUGAGAGAGAAGGAAGUCUUGGUUUGGUGAUAUGGCAGAUAUGACAGAGGGUGUUAAAAAAAGGGUGUGAGGUGAAGCACUCUCUCUCUCUCUCGCUCUCUCUCUCUCUCUCUCUCUCUCUCUCUCUCUCUCUCUCUCUCUCUCUCUCUCUCUCUCUCCCUCCCUCUCUCUGGGAUGUGAUAAUGUAGUUAUGUUCUCAAGCAGUGAAAAAAAUAUUUGUUAAACAGUUUCUCCUGAACUUUAUAACCCUAUAGUCUUCUGAAAAAUCUCCUUAGAUAUACACAUACCUCACAUCACUUACCUUUUGAGCGGGUUCAAAGGAACACCUUGUUAAUCAAUCCUCUUCUCUCACCAGAACAUCUCGAUAUUCACCUAUCUCACCCCUACACAAUGUCUCACCUUUCUUUAUUUACCUCUCUUCUCCAGGGUAAGGACCUUCUAGCCCAGAAGAUCCCAGCAUGGCAGCAGGCGUGUGCUGACCCUACCAAGCUGCCUGACCGUGCCUUGCUCCUGGCCCAGCAGAUGACCUCUGCAGGGGGUACCCUGGGGUCCAGCUCCCACACCCACCACAGCUCCAAGGGCAACCUGCUCAUCUCUGACCCUAUCCCCGGGGCCAAGCCUCUGCCUGUACCCCCAGAGCUGGCUGCACUCAUGGCCCAACAGGUGGGUCACUGUUACUAUGAUGUUACUGUGCUAUUAUGUGCUAUGGUAUUACACAUCUAUUACUACAGAUGUAGGAUCUUAAUUUGAUCACUCUUUUGUUGCUGAGAAUUUUCCUGCACAGCAGGAAAUGCUAACUUGUAGUGUAUUCAAGGUUUAAAAAGGCUUCUAAAGUUUGUAAUUUGAUUUGAUUUGCACUCAUAGAAAUUGUAGCAACCCCUACAAAAAAAUGUACAUGAAUUAUACUUCACAUAAUAAUUCACAUUUCCUGUUGCUGCAGGAUCAUUUUCCUGCUGUAGCAAACUGGCUGAAAUUAAGAUCCUACAUCUAUAGAGCUGCUAUGGUUUUUCAGCCCUAUUGGUGUGGAGAAACAUUCAGUGAAUCUAUUGUUGCUUAUCAUCACUAAUUGUGUUUUUGAUUAUGAAGCUUUGAAGAGCUGUGUGUGAGUGCCUGCGUGCUUGAGUGCCUGUGUACAAACCUCUGUAUCAGUGUGUUGCAUCAGUGUUUGAGUGGGUAUUCUUGAGUCUUGAAGCACACAGCAGGUUUGUGGGCUGCGGCUCCAAUCAACGAACCUUAAUUAAAUUAACACCACCAGCUUGUCGUCAGCCAGGUUGUUCAAGAUUGACGUCGAAAUUGGACUUCUAUCCAUGUCCUGAGGAUGCCUUCAAAACUGAUGGCGCCGGAGGGGAUGGCUGCCGUUUUAUGGACUCCUAACCAACCGUGCUAUUUUGUGUGUUUUUUCGCAUUGUUUGUAAGUUAUUUUGUACAUAAUGUUGCUGCUACCGUCUCUUAUGACCGAAAAGAGCUUCUGGACAUCAGAACAGCGAUUACUCACCUUGAACUGGACGAAUAAGUUUUAUUUUAUGAGUCGGACGAGAGGGAUUUGUUCCAGACACCCGACAGGGCCCUCAUCCCCGUCAUUCGCAGUAGAAAGAAAAGGAGAUAUUGCGUAAGGAGAUCGGGGUGCUUGGUAAGGAGCCGGCGACGAGUGGCUAAUCUGCCUUUGCCAUCGAUACUAUUGGCCAAUUUACAAUCACUUGAUAAUAAUAUGGACAAACUACAGGCACGAAUAUCCUACUAACAGGACAUUAAAAACUGUAAUAUCUUAUGUUUCACCGAGUCGUGGCUGAACGAUGACAUGAAUAACAUACAGCUGGCGGGUUAUACACUGUAUCGGCAGGAUAGAACAGCAGCCUCUGGUAAGACAAGGGGUGGCGGUCUAUGUAUAUUUGUAAACAACAGCUGGUGCACGAUAUCUAAGGAAGAGUUUUUGCUCACCUGAGGUAGAGUAUCUCAUGAUAAGCUGUAGACCACACUAUCUACCAAGAGAGUUUUCAUCUAUAUUCUUCAUAGCUGUCUAUUUACCACCACAAACCGAUGCUGGCACUAAGACCGCACUCAAUGAACAGUACACGGCCAUAAGCAAACAGGAAAAUGCUCAUCCAGAGGCGGCGCUCCUAGUGGCCGGGGACUUUAAUACAGGGAAACUUAAAUCCGUUUGACCUAAUUUCUACCAGCAUGUUAAAUGUGCAGCCAGAGGGAAAAAAACUCUAGACCACCUUUACUCCACACACAGAGAUGUGUACAAAGCUCUCCCUCGCCCUCCAUUUGGAAAAUCUGACCAUAAUUCUAUCCUCCUGAUACCUGCUUACAAGCAAAAACUAAAGCAGGAAGCACCAGUGACUCGGUCAAUAAAAAAUUGGUCAGAUGAAGCAGAUGCUAAGCUACAGGACUGUUUUGCUAGCACAGAUUGGAAUAUGUUCCGAGAUUCUUCCGAUGGCAUUGAGGAGUACACCACAUUAGUCUCUGGCUUCACCAAUAAGUGCAUCAAUGACGUCGUCCCCACAGUGACUGUACAUACAUACCCCAACCAGAAGCCAUGGAUAACAGGCAACAUCCGCACUGAGCUAAAGGGUAGAGCUGCCGCUUUCAAGGAGCGGGACUCUAACUCGGAAGCUUAAAAUAAAUCCUGCUAUAACCUCUGACGAACCAUCAAAAAGGCAAAGCGUCAAUACAGGACUAAGAUCGAAUCGUACUACACCGGCUCCGACGCUCGUUGGAUGUGGCAGGGCUUGCAAACUAUUACAGACUACAAAGGAAAGCACAGCCGCGAGCUGGCCAGUGACACGAGCCUACCAGACGAGCUAAAUUACUUCUAUGCUCGCUUCGAGGCAAGUAACACUGAAACAUGCAUGAGAGCAUCAACUGUUCCGGAUGACUGUGUGAUCACGCUCUCCAUAGCCGAUGUGAGUAAUACCUUUAAUCAGGUCAACAUUCACAAGGCUGCAGGGCCAGACGGAAAACCAGGACGUGUACUCCAAGCAUGUGCUGACCAACUGGCAAGUGUCUUCACUGACAUUUUCAACCUCUCCCUGUCUGAGUCUGUAAUACCAACAUAUUUCAAGCAGACCACCAUAGUCCCUGUGCCCAAGAACACUAAGGUACCCUGCCUAAAUGACUACCGACCCGUAGCACUCACGUCUGUAGCCAUGAAGUGCUUUGAAAGGCUGGUCAUGGCUCACAUCAACACCAUUAUCCCAGAAACCCUAGACCCACUCCAAUUUGCAUUUCGCCCCAACAGAUCCACAGAUGAUGCAAUCUCUGUUGCGCUCCACAUUGCCCUUUCACACCUGGACAAAAGGAACACCUAUGUGAGAAUGUUAUUCAUUGACUACAGCUCAGCGUUCAACACCAUAGUGCCCUCAAAGCUCAUCACUAAGCUAAGGACCCUGGGACUAAACACCUCCCUCUGCAACUGGAUCCUGGACUUCCUGACGGGCCGCCCCCAGGUGGUAAGGGUAGGUAACAACACAUCCGCCACGCUGAUCCUCAACACGGAUGCCCCUCAGGGGUGCGUGCUCAGUCCCCUCCUGUACUCCCUAUUCACUCAUGACUGCAUGGCCAGGCACGACUCCAACACCAUCAUUAAGUUUGCCGAUGACACAACAGUGGUAGGCCUGAUCACCGACAACGACAAGACAGCCUAUAGGGAGGAGGUCAGAGACCUGGCCAUGUGGUGCCAGGACAACAACCUCUCCUUCAACGUGAUCAAGACAAAGGAGAUGAUUGUAGACUACAGUAAAAAGAAGAGGACCGAGCACGCCCCCAUUCUCAUCGACAGGGCUGUAGUGGAGCAGGUUGAGAGCUUCAAGUACCUUGGUGUCCACAUCACCAACAAAGUAACAUGGUCCAAGCACACCAAGACAGUCGUGAAGAGGGCACGACAAAACCUAUUCCCCCUAAGGAGACUGAAAAGAUUUGGCAUGGGUCCUCAGAUCCUCAAAAGGUUCUACAGCUACACCAUUGAGAGCAUCCUGACUGGUUGCAUCACUGCCUGGUAUGGCAACUGCUCGGCCUCCGACCACAAGGCACUACAGAGGGUAGUGCGUACGGCCCAGUACAUCACUGGGGCCAAGCUUCCUGCCAUCCAGGUCCUCUAUACCAGGCGGUGUCAGAGGAGGAUCCUAUAAAUUGUCAAAGACUCCAGCCACCCUAGUCAUAGACUGUUCUCUCUGCUACCGCACGGCAAGCGGUACCGGAGCGCCAAGUCUAGGUCCAAGAGGCUUCUAAACAGCUUCUACCCCCAAGCCAUAAGACUCCUGAACAUCUAAUCAAAUGGCUACCCCGACUAUUUACAUUGCCCCCCCACCCCUCUUUUACGCUGCUGCUACUCUUUUUUUUAUUAUCUAUGCAUAGUCACUUUAAUAACUCUACCUACAUAUUACCCCAAUCACCUCGACUAACCGGUGCACCCGCACAUUGACUCGGUACCGGUACCCCCUGUAUAUAGCCUCGCUAUUGUUAUUUUUACUGGUGCUCUUUAAUUAUUUUGUACUUUUAUUUUGAAUUAUUUUAUAUUAUAUAUUUUUGUGAUUUUUUUUGGUAUUCUUUCUUAAAACUGCAUUGUUGGUUAAGGGCUUGUAUGUAAGCAUUUCACUGUAAGGUCUACACCUGUUGUAUUCGGCGCAUGUGACAAAUACAAUUUGAUUUGAUUUGACUAGGGGCAACAGUGAGCGCUAUUACCAUCAAAUAGGCUAGGGUGUUUUGGAUGGACGUAGUCCAAUGACUUUGGAUCAGAAUGUUGCUUGUUUGAUCCCAGUCGUGGACACUGGUUUUUUAUUUUUUAUUUUAACCCUAUCCCAAACCUUAACCCUUACCUCAACCCUUUGGAAUGAGUGCCUAAACGUAAUGUUUUAACCCUAUCCCAAACCUUAACCCUUACCUCAACCCUUUGGAAUGAGUUCCUAAAUGUAAUGUUUUAACCCUAUCCCAAACCUUAACCCUUACCUCAACCCUUUGAAAUUAGUGCCUAAACGUAAUGUUUUAACCCUAUCCCAAACCUUAACCCUUACCUCAACCCUUUGGAAUGAGUGACUAAACUUAGCCCUUAACUUAAAAAUGUGAUGUUUGGAGAAAUGGAAAGAUACAGAACAGCAGGAACAACAAAAACACUUCUAAAUGUGACGUUUGGAGAACGUGGAUGAACGUCUAAUUCUGCAGUGAGACAGUGAGAGCUUGUUGAGUCUGUUAAUAAUAUAAUAUAAUAUGCCAUUUAGCAGACGCUUUUAUCCAAAGCCACUUACAGUCAUGCGUGCAUACAUUUUUGUGUAUGGGUGGUCCCGGGGAUCGAACCCACUACCUUGGCGUUACAAACGCUGUGCUCUACCAGCUGAGCUACAGAGGACCACAUUGCCUAGCAAUGCCCCAGGAUGUUGGGAUUCCAUUACGGAAUCUCUCAGAGCCUCUCCUUCAGAACACAGAACCCCUCAGACACACACACACACAAACAUUUGCUGAUGCAAAUAAAGUCGUUAGUGCCGCAUGCUAAUUAAAAUGUCGCCAGUAGGAAGGAACAGAAACAGGUUCCUUGGGGCUGUUGGGCAUUGGUUCUUUCACACCCUGCCUCCUCUACACUCUUCUGUGUUGUUAUUAUUAUUAUUAUUAUUAUUAUUAUUGGUGUGUGUGUAGUACAGUAAUACACUGCAUGACCAAAAGUAUGUGGACACCUGCUCGUCGAACAUCUCAUUCCAAAAUCAUGGGCAUUAAUAUGGAGUUGGUCCCCCCCUUUGCUGCUAUAACAGCCUCCACUCUUCUGGGAAGGCUUUCCACUAGAUGUUGGAACAUUGCUGCGGGGACUUGCUUCCAUUCAGCCACAAGAGCAUUAUUGAGGUCGGGCACUGAUGUUGGGCGAUUAGGCCUGGCUCGCAGUCGGCGUUCCAAUUCAUCCCAAAGGUGUUCGAUGGUGUUGAGGUCAGGGCUCUGUGCAGGCCAGUCAAGUUCUUCCACACCAAUCUCGACAAACCAUUUAAUUAUGGACCUCGCUAUAUUCACGGGGCAUUGUCAUGCUGAAGGGCCUUCCCCAAACUGUUGCCACAAAGUUGGAAGCACAGAAUCAUCUAGAAUGUCAUUGUAUGCUCUAGCGUUAAGAUUUCCCUUCACUGGAACUAAGGAAAACCAUGAACCAUGAAAAACAGCCCCAGACUAUUACUCAUCCACCAAACUUUACAGUUGGCACUAUGCAUUGGCGUGGGUAGCGUUCUCCUGGCAUCCGCCAAACCCAGAUUCGUCAGUCUGAUUGCCAGAUGGUGAAGCAUGAUUCAUCACUCCAGAGAACGCGUUUCCACUGCUCCAGAGUCCAAUGGCGGCGAGCUUUACACCACUCCAGCCAUCGCUUGGCAUUGCGCAUGGUGAUCUUAGGCUUGUGUGUGGCUGCUCGGCCAUGGAAACCCAUUCCAUGAAACUCCCGACGAAUAGUUAUUGUGCUGACGUUGCUUCCAGAGGCAGUUUGGAACUCGGUAGUAAGUGUUGCAACCGAGGACAGACAAUUUUUAUGCGCUUCAGCACUCGGAUGUCCCGUUCUGUGAGCUUGUGUGGCCUAACACUUCACGGCUGAGCCGUUGUUGCUCCUAGAUGUUUCCACUUCACAAUAACAGCUUACAGUUGAACGGGGCAGCUCUAGCAGGGCAGAUAUUCGACAAACUGACUUGUUGGAAAGGUGGCAUCCUAUGACGGUGCUACGUUGAAGGUCACUGAGCUCUUCAGUAAGGCCAUUCUACUGCCAAUGUUUGUCUAUGAAGAUUGCAUGGUUGUGUGUUCGAUGUUAUACAUCAGUCAGCAACGGGUGCGGCUGAAAUAGCCGAAUCCACUCAUUUGUAAGGGGUGUCCACAUACUUUUGUAUAUAUAGUGUGUGUAGGAGUAAGCCUCUAGGAUUCACAUGAAAGAGUUAGCAGCAUGGCCUAUGAUGGUCUCAUUAGGGGCCCUAGAAUCUAGAGGGAGAAAGAGCAGAUGAUUCUUACUGUCUAACAUUUCUCAAAGAAGAAACACUGGAUAGUAUAUUCACACAGAGAUUACCCAGCAUCUCUGCAUCUCUCUGACUGUCUUUUAUCAUUCUGUUUUGUGAUGAUGUGUAUUAACAUGUAUCUUUCAACAACAAACAACUUUGGGUCCAGUCACAUUAAAAGAAAGACUGGCGGUUGGGAUUAUUUGUGGCUGUGUAGUGGAGCUACUUACUUUGUUCCAUUAAAGUGGAUUGAUCUCUAAGUUAAAGGUAGAGUCAGUGAAAUUACGUUGCCACGAGCAGCACUGCAGAUAUUGUGAUGAGCGAGAUGCACGACUUCACUCUCACACGGUCACACACAGUAUCUGCACUGGUUUGCUUCACGCCUUUACAACGUGGUAGCCACAGGAACAGAACAGCCGAAGUUGAGCCUCACGCUUUAAAGGUCCCGCACAGUCAUGCUGAUUCCCAUGUACAAUAGCCUUUUGACCGACCAAAACAUCACCCAUAAUAUUUUUCCUGAUAAAUAUGCUCAGAAUUUGAGAAAACAUACAGUGGCUUGUGAAAGUAUUCACCCCUCUUGACAUUUUUCCUAUUUUGUUGCCUUACAACCUGGAAUUAAAAUGGAUAAUUUGAUUUACACAACAUGCCUAACACUUUGAAGAUGCAAAAUAUUUUUUGGGGUGAAACAAACAAGAAAUAAGACAAAAAAAACAGAAAAUUUGAGCGUGCAUAACUAUUCACCCCCCCAAAGUCAAUACUUUGUAGAGCCACCUUUUGCAGCAAUUACAGCUGCAAGUCUCUUGGGGUAUGUCUCUAUAAACUAUAAGGACUGGGAAAAAUCCACUUGAACGGCCUUCCAACUGGUAAUUACUAGUCUAUCAUCCUGAGCUCUGACUUCUCCCACAUGCUGAACUCUGACGUCAGUCACCUACUAAGGAAAUUACCUCAAUAACAGCAUUUUCGGCAGUUAAAUACAACAACAAAACAUUAUUUAUAAAAAAGCAAUCUAUUAAUAUGGUUUGUGAACACUAUAAUUUGUUUGCAAACUUAUUGCCCAUUAGCCAAUCGGUGUUUCUCAACUGGUUCAAAGCACAUGAAUGCAUCCAACUGGUAUUUACGACUUCACAAUUGGUAAAUUCCCACCUCCCACUUGGUUACGAACGCAGACUUAUACUUUUCUGGGAUGUAAGAAUGGUGCAUAAUGAGUAUGUGAACUAUAGUAGAGUCACAUUAAAAGGCAAAAAUGUUCUGGUCGGGGGAGGUGGGGCGAGCGGGGAGGGGACAAUAAGUAGACCAAAACCAGCUGUUCCCUCUCUUACGUGAGCAUGCCAGAGAUUAUGGAGGAACCGUGAGCAUACCAGAGAUUAUGGAGGAACCGUGAGCUCACACGGGAAAGCAUGCUCAAGCGAAAGAGCGAACGGCCACUUACACAGACAGGAACUUGAAAAAAUAUGAUAUGGUAAAUAGCUUAAGUAGUUGAUCUUAAUUUAUCCACCAUCUUUGCUUAACACAUCAACACACGCUUUCCUUCCUUCCUCCCUCCCUCCCUCCUUCCCUUCAGCGUCUAAUGGGACCAGGAGGAGUGGACGGAGGGAUGCCCAUUAUGAACGGAACGGCAGGGGCGCACGGAGGAGCAGGAGGGGGAGGAGGGGAGGACUACCAACACUGGAUGGAGGGGAAGAUGGCCCAAGCUCAAGCCCAGGCCCUACAGGCGGCUAAGGCCUCCACCCAGCCCCAGCACCACUCCCAGCCCCACAGACAGGGCAGCGAGGUCUACUCCAACACCCUACCCGUACGCAAGAACGCCCCCGCCAAGAGCAACACCACCAUAGGUAAGGAGGACCAGGAUAGUGGGGGCCAUAAACAUCUUGAGAGGCCCUCAAAGUUGGGCACCAGAAUCACAUAUACAGUAGCUACACUAUAACAAAUUGAUAUUUUUUUUCUUGCUAAAAUCUUACAAUUAGCUACUGCAAUUCAAUAUUACAGUAUAGUACUAUAAAGACCAAUUCAUUGUGGGGGCUUAAUGGCAUUCCGCCAUAUAGGCAGUCAUAUUAGAAUAUUACAGAAUACAUCACUAGUGUCCUUUAUGAAUUUAACCUCAGUCAUAGAGACCUUGGAGAGAGAACUGCUUGUUUGUGACCUUCAAGAAUGAGAUACAGUGGGGGAAAAAAGUAUUUAGUCAGCCACCAAUUGUGCAAGUUCUCCCACUUAAAAAGAUGAGAGAGGCCUGUAAUUUUCAUCAUAGGUACACGUCAACUAUGACAGACAAAAUGAGGAAAAAAAUUCCAGAAAAUCACAUUGUAGGAUUUUUAAUGAAUUUAUUUGCAAAUUAUGGUGGAAAAUAAGUAUUUGGUCAAUAACAAAAGUUUCUCAAUACUUUGUUAUAUACCCUUUGUUGGCAAUGACACAGGUCAAACGUUUUCUGUAAGUCUUCACAAGGUUUUCACACACUGUUGCUGGUAUUUUGGCCCAUUCCUCCAUGCAGAUCUCCUCUAGAGCAGUGAUGUUUUGGGGCUGUCGCUGGGCAACACGGACUUCCAACUCCCUCCAAAGAUUUUCUAUGGGGUUGAGAUCUGGAGACUGGCUAGGCCACUCCAGGACCUUGAAAUGCUUCUUACGAAGCCACUCCUUCGUUGCCCGGGCGGUGUGUUUGCGAUCAUUGUCAUGCUGAAAGACCCAGCCACGUUUCAUCUUCAAUGCCCUUGCUGAUGGAAGGAGGUUUUCACUCAAAAUCUCACGAUACAUGGCCCCAUUCAUUCUUUCCUUUACACGGAUCAGUCGUCCUGGUCCCUUUGCAGAAAAACAGCCCCAAAGCAUGAUGUUUCCACCCCCAUGCUUCACAGUAGGUAUGGUGUUCUUUGGAUGCAACUCAGCAUUCUUUGUCCUCCAAACACGACGAGUUGAGUUUUUACCAAAAAGUUAUAUUUUGGUUUCAUCUGACCAUAUGACAUUCUACCAAUCCUCUUCUGGAUCAUCCAAAUGCACUCUAGCAAACUUCAGACGGGCCUGGACAUGUACUGGCUUAAGCAGGGGGACACGUCUGGCACUGCAGGAUUUGAGUCCCUGGCGGCGUAGUGUGUUACUGAUGGUAGGCUUUGUUACUUUGGUCCCAGCUCUCUGCAGGUCAUUCACUAGGUCCCCCUGUGUGGUUCUGGGAUUUUUGCUCACCGUUCUUGUGAUCAUUUUGACCCCACAGGGUGAGAUCUUGCGUGGAGCCCCAGAUCGAGGGAGAUUAUCAGUGGUCUUGUAUGUCUUCCAUUUCCAAAUAAUUGCUCCCACAGUUGAUUUCUUCAAACCAAGCUGCUUACCUAUUGCAGAUUCAGUCUUCCCAGCCUGGUGCAGGUCUACAAUUUUGUUUCUGGUGUCCUUUGACAGCUCUUUGGUCUUGGCCAUUGUGGAGUUUGGAGUGUGACUGUUUGAGGUUGUGGACAGGUGUCUUUUAUACUGAUAACAAGUUCAAACAGGUGCCAUUAAUACAGGUAACGAGUGGAGGACAGAGGAGCCUCUUAAAGAAGAAGUUACAGGUCUGUGAGAGCCAGAAAUCUUGCUUGUUUGUAGGUGACCAAAUACUUAUUUUCCACCAUAAUUUGCAAAUAAAUUCAUUAAAAAUCCUACAAUGUGAUUUUCUGGAAAAAAACAUCUCAAUUUGUCUGUCAUAGUUGACGUGUACCUAUGAUGAAAAUUACAGGCCUCUCUCAUCUUUUUAAGUGGGAGAACAUGCACAAUUGGUGGCUGACUAAAUACUUUUUUUCCCCACUGUACAUAUCCCAAAGGAAAUAAAUGAUCUCACUUCAAUAAAUUUGAAUAGAAAGUUAGCAAAAAUAGAUAAGAUCUUACUACCAUGGAAAGGAAAAUACCUGUCAAUUUGUGGAAGAAUCACCCUGAUUAACUCUUUAGUAUUAUCCCAGUUUACCUAUUUGCUUGUGGUCUUGCCUACGCCUAGCGAACAGUUUUUUAAAUUAUAUGAGAAAAAAAUAUUCAAUUUUAUUUGGAACGGCAAGCCAGACAAAAUUAAAAGGGCAUAUUUAUAUAAUGAAUAUGAAUUCGGAGGACAGAAAUUAUUAAAUAUUAAAGCAUUAGACCUAUCACUAAAAGCUUCAGUCAUACAAAAGUUAUACUUAAAUCCGAACUGGUUCUCAAGCAAAUUAGUAAGAUUGUCUCACCCAAUGUUCAAGAAAGGCCUUUUUCCCUUUAUUCAGAUUACAACAACUCAUUUGCAGUUAUUUGAAAAGGAAAUAAUCUCCCAAAUGUCACUAUUUCUAAAACAGGCCAUAGAAAGUUGGUUGCAAUUUCAAUUUAAUCCUCCAGAAACGACAGAACAAAUAAUGCAACAAAUAUUGUGGUUAAAUUCAAAUAUACUAAUUGACAAAAAAACUUUAUUUUUUGACAGAAUGUUUAAAAAAGGUAUAAUCUUCGUAAAUGAUAUCAUCGGUAGGACUGGUUGAGUUAUGUCGCACAUGCAGCUAACAAAAACAUAUGGAAAUGUCUGCUCUACCCAAAAUUACAACCAAAUAAUUGCAGCCUUACCGCAAAAGUGGAAGAGGAAAGUGGAAGGGGGAGAAAGUAAGGAACUUGUCUGUCGGCCUUGCAUUAAAGAACAUAAUUGGUUAAGGAAAACUGUGAUAAAUAAAAAAGUAUAUCAGUUUCACUUAAGGACCAAAGGAUUGACAGCCGUCCCAUAUAGAUUGCAAAAUAGUUGGGAAGAGAUAUUUGACGUACCGAUCCCAUGGCAUAGUGUUUAUGAACUGACACGCAAAACGACACCAGAUUCAAAAAUUAGAAUCUUUCAAUUUAAAUUAUUAUAUAAAAUUCUUGCUACCAAUAGAAUGUUAUUUAUAUGGGGGAUACAAUCUUCCCAGCUCUGCAGAUUUUGCUGUGAAGAGACAGAAUCAUUAGAUCAUUUGUUUUGGUUCUGUCCAUUUGUAGCUUGUUUUUGGACACAGGUCCAGGAAUGGCUAAAGGAUUGCAAUAUUUACCUGGAGCUAACCUUGUAGAUAGCAUUACUGGGUGAUCUGAAAAGUCAUAGUCAAUCAAUCAAUAAUAUGAUAAUACUUUUAGCAAAAAUGUUUAUUUUUAAUUCACAAUCUGUAGAAGCAAUGAGAAUAGAAAGGUUCAGAACUUUUGUAAAACAUCACAGUACGGUUGAAAUAUAUAUGGCAAAUAGAAAUCCUAUAUGGAUGGUGUUAAGAGAUAGAUGGGAGGUAUUGAAUAGAGUUGAAGGAUGGGACUAAUAACAAAUAACAACAAAUAAUAACAAAGAUAGCUAAUAAUGUAAGCAUACUGUGUCCAUAAUAAGUAUAUAGGUUGUAUGUUGGGAGCUUUUGGGAAAGAGCACAGUUAGAAAGAUAUGGCAUAUAGAAGCAAACUGGAUGGACAUCAUGAAAAUGAUCGGAGAGGUUGAGAGUAGAAGAAGUUCAGGAGCAAAAAAAUAAUUAUAUAUAUAUAUACAGUGGGGAGAACAAGUAUUUGAUACACUGCCGAUUUUGCAGGUUUUUCUACUUACAAAACAUGUAGAGGUCUGUAAUUUUUAUCAUAGGUACACUUCAACUGUGAGAGACGGAAUCUAAAACAAAAAUCCAGAAAAUCACAUUGUAUGAUUUUAAGUAAUUCAUUUGCAUUUUAUUGCACGACAUAAGUAUUUGAUACAUCAGAAAAGCAGAACUUAAUAUUUGGUACAGAAACCUUUGUUUGCAAUUACAGAGAUCAUACGUUUCCUGUAGGUCUUGACCAGGUUUGCACACACUGCAGCAGGGAUUUUGGCCCACUCCUCCAUACAGACCCUUCAGGUUUCGGGGCUGUCGCUGGGCAAUACGGACUUUCAGCUCCCUCCAAAGAUUUUCUAUUGGGUUCAGGUCUGGAGACUGGCUAGGCCACUCCAGGACCUUGAGAUGCUUCUUACGGAGCCACUCCUUAGUUGCCCUGGCUGUGUGUUUCGGGUCAUUGUCAUGCUGGAAGACCCAGCCACGACCCAUCUUCAAUGCUCUUACUGAGGGAAGGAGGUUGUUGGCCAAGAUCUCGUGAUACAUGGCCCCAUCCAUCCUCCCCUCAAUACGGUGCAGUCGUCCUGUCCCCUUUGCAGAAAAGCAUCCCAAAGAAUGAUGUUUCCACCUCCAUGCUUCACGGUUGGGAUGGUGUUCUUGGGGUUGUACUCAUCCUUCUUCUUCCUCCAAACACGGCGAGUGGAGUUUAGACCAAAAAGCUAUAUUUCUGUCUCAUCAGACCACAUGACCUUCUCCCAUUCCUCCUCUGGAUCAUCCAGAUGGUCAUUGGCAAACUUCAGACGGGCCUGGACAUGCGCUGGCUUGAGCAGGGGGACCUUGCGUGCGCUGCAGGAUUUUAAUCCAUGACGGCGUAGUGUGUUACUAAUGGUUUUCUUUGAGACUGUGGUCCCAGCUCUCUUCAGGUCAUUGACCAGGUCCUGCCGUGUAGCUCUGGGCUGAUCCCUCACCUUCCUCAUGAACAUUGAUGCCCCACGAGGUGAGAUCUUGCAUGGAGCCCCAGACCGAGGGUGAUUGACCGUCAUCUUGAACUUCUUCCAUUUUCUAAUAAUUGCGCCAACAGUUGUUGCCUUCUCACCAAGCUGCUUGCCUAUUGUCCUGUAGCCGAUCCCAGCCUUGUGCAGGUCUAUAAUUUUAUCCCUGAUGUCCCUACACAGCUCUCUGGUCUUGGCCAUUGUGGAGAGGUUGGAGUCUGUUUGAUUGAGUGUGUGGACAGGUAUCUUUUAUACAGGUAACGAGUUCAAACAGGUGCAGUUAAUACAGGUAAUGAGUGGAGAACAGGAGGGCUUCUUAAAGAAAAACUAACAGGUCUGUGAGAGCCGGAAUUCUUACUGGUUGGUAGGUGAUCAAAUACUUAUGUCAUGCAAUAAAAUGCAAAUUAAUUACUUAAAAAUCAUACAAUGUGAUUUUCUGGAUUUUUGUUUUAGAUUCCGUCUCUCACAGUUGAAGUGUACCUAUGAUAAAAUUGACAGACCUCUACAUGCUUUGUAAGUAGGAAAACCUGCAAAAUCGGCAGUGUAUCAAAUACUUGUUCUCCCCACUGUAUAUAUAUAUAUAUAUAUAUAUAUAUAUAUAUAUAUAUAUAUAUAUAUAUAUAUAUAUAUAUAUAUAUAUAUAUAUAUACAUGGCAAUAGAAUUAUUGUAAAAUUAACUCUGUCCAUAAGGUGUAGAUAGUAAGUAUAGACCGGAAGUAGAGGCCUGGGCAUUGUUGUUCACUAAUUUACUCCAAGUAGGGAAAGGAUGGCGGGGUUGAAAAGUAAUAAAGGGGAGUAUAUAUAUAAAAAACAUGGGGGAUUGGAAGUGAUGCAGACAAUUACAUUGAUAGAAGAUACAAUCUAUCUGCAAUAUUAAGCUGAUCCCAUCCCCCCUCAAAAAAAAAAAAAAAAGAAAUUACUGUUGUGAAUGUGAAGAAAUGAAAUCUGUAUUUUGGUCAGAGGAAUUUGUUGACACUAGCUUUCUGUCACUCAGGUUACCAUGACAACGAUUACAACAACAGGGUCAAAGUUUAACAUCUCUUGCUCAAAUGCCAACAACAAUUUGGUAAACAUUUGGCUGUUUGAAAGGGGACCAUAUAAACAUUGCCCAAUUAUUUUUUCAGGCAACAUGGCACAAAUCACAUGUGAAUUAGGUCAAAUAUAAAAAUUAGGUGAAGGGCAGAGGCAAGGUAGAGGCUUUAAGAAUAAUCAAAGCAUUUAAAGUCACUUAGGAGAGUUGGGUUAUAAUAUCACAUUAAUCCUGCAUGUUAUACUCAGUGCAGGUACUAUAAUAUAAUAAUGUAAUAUACUGUAGGUGUAUAUUAUACAGUAGGCCCUGUGUGGCCUGUUUUGGCUACGUUUAUUGCUUAAAGACCUAUGGCUUGAUUCAACCCGUAUCGCAGAAGUUCUGCACUAUAGAGCGAUUGAAAUGUAUGUUGGCUCAAUCGGAAAUAACCUUUCAAUUUCAAUCGUGCUAUAGCGCAGAACUUCCGCGAUACGGAUUCAAUUGAGCCCCUAGAUUUGGUCCUUAGUCCUUUCCAGAUGUAGGAUCUUAAUUUGAUCACUCUUUUGUUGCUGAGAAUUUUCCUGCACCGCAGAUUCAUGAUUUAUAUAAAUUCCCUGAAAACCCAUACUAACACAUGGUUAUAUUAACAGUAUUGCACAUUUCAUGUAGCCUAAUUUUGGCCAGAUAGCCAAACCAUCAAUCAAGCAACAUUAUGGACUAAAUGUUCAAAUCCUUUGGUCAAAUUAAGAUCCUACACCUGUACAUCUAGUCAUGGGAUUGUCAGUCUUUGCUCCCAUUAAAGUUCAAGGUCAUGUCCAGUAAUAGGGUACAGUACACUGUAGCGAAACGUUUUAAGAAGUCCAGCUAGUAACUCCCUGUUUCAGUCUGUUUUCUUCCGUUUUGGUUCCCAAUGAACACAACCCUAGAUUUGGUGUGAAAGUCUCUGUUCCUCUCUCCCUCCCUCCCCCAGGUCCAGAGACCCGAACCCUGCCCCGGUCUAGCUCUAUGGCUGCAGGGCUGGAGAGGAAUGGUCGUACCCGUGUCCAGGCCAUUUUCUCCCAUGCGGCGGGGGACAACAGCACCCUGCUCAGCUUCUCUGAGGGAGACGUCAUCACCCUGCUGGUGCCUGAGGCUCGCGACGGAUGGCACUACGGAGAGAAUGAGAGGAACAAGAUGUAAGUAUCCUAACUCCAUCUGAUUCACUUUCGGCACCAUGAGUAACAUUUAGUUGGUGGUCCUAUGUAGCUCAGUCUGAAGCUGAAGAUAGAGAGAUGUACAGCCUCUCCUCCAUGUAGAGAAGAGAACACACACUACUGAGAGUCUAGCUGAUGAAGUUGUAACCAACAGGGUACCACUUGGAUUGAGAGUGGCUGCAGGUUCAGAGGUGUGUGUGUGCGUGUGUGUGUGUGUGCGUGUACGUGUGUGUUCUAUACCUUCUCCUGGGGCACAGAGUUGGGGCUUCCGACAUCAGUAGAAUCGUAGGAGAAAUCAUAGGAGAAUGAAUGUCUGCCUCUGUCCUUCAGCCCAGUGCCAGGGAUGCAUUUGGAUAUGUGGUACAAACAUAAUAGCUUUGAUUAAUUUAUAAAACAGGAGAGGUAUUGUUAUUGUGGUCAUUGUGCAAUAUGUCAUCCUCAUUCUAGAGCCUUUAGUUGGUCCUGAUAUCUGUACCAAAAUGUAUCUCUUAAACAUUGUCUGUUCCUAUAGGUCCCCUGAACGUUCUUGGAACGUUGUGUCUAUGGCACCCUGAGUAACAUUUAGUUGGUGGUCCUCUGUAGCUUAGUCGGUAGAGCACGGCACUGGCAACGCCAGAAUAGUGGGGUUCAAUUCCUGGGAUCACCCAUAUGUGAAAAAUGUAUGCACGCAUGACUGUAAGUUGGUUUGGAUAAAGCGUCUGCUAAAUGGUAUUUAUUAUAGUUAGUAGGGUGAAUCUUUACAUGAGCUAUGAACUCAUACAGUAAGUUUCAAAACUCUUGGUAUUGUUGUCAAAUGCUGCUUUCAAUAUUGAAUUACUGUUGCUGAUUCAUCUGAGAAUCCUUGUCUCCUCAUCAGGCGGGGCUGGUUCCCAUUCUCCUACACACGUGUCAUCCCCGAGACUGAAAGCGACAAACUACGAGUCAACAAGUACGUUUUCUGUUUUUUUGCAGUAUUGUGUGGGGUAUUUGCAAGGAAACAGACCUUUAAUGGUCAUCUUUAUGUGUUAAUCAAUAGAAAAUAGAAUCACUCCUCUCUGAAACUGAUCUGUUCGUUUUUCAAAGUGUGAGAUCAGUUAUUUUCAGUUCUGGCUAUGCCUUUUUUAAAGCACUAACUACGUCUGGUUCCAGUAAUCAGCUAUUAUCAGUUCUAUUGAUCUCUCUCUCUCUCAUUUCAGUCUGUGUGUAACUAACUGACUGUAUACAGUGGGGAAAAAAAGUAUUUAGUCAGCCACCAAUUGUGCAAGUUCUCCCACUUAAAAAGAUGAGAGAGGCCUGUAAUUUUCAUCAUAGGUACACGUCAACUAUGACAGACAAAUUGAGCAUAUUUUUUCCAGAAAAUCACAUUGUAGGAUUUUUAAUGAAUUUAUUUGCAAAUUAUGGUGGAAAAUAAGUAUUUGGUCACCUACAAACAAGCAAGAUUUCUGGCUCUCACAGACCUGUAACUUCUUCUUUAAGAGGCUCCUCUGUCCUCCACUCGUUACCUGUAUUAAUGGCACCUGUUUGAACUUGUUAUCAGUAUAAAAGACACCUGUCCACAACCUCAAACAGUCACACUCCAAACUCCACUAUGGCCAAGACCAAAGAGCUGUCAAAGGACACCAGAAACAAAAUGGUAGACCUGCACCAGGCUGGGAAGACUGAAUCUGCAAUAGGUAAGCAGCUUGGUUUGAAGAAAUCAACUGUGGGAGCAAUUAUUAGGAAAUGGAAGACAUACAAGACCACUGAUAAUCUCCCUCGAUCUGGGGCUCCACGCAAGAUCUCACCCCGUGGGGUCAAAAUGAUUACAAGAACGGUGAGCAAAAAUCCCAGAACCACACGGGGGGACCUAGUGAAUGACCUGCAGAGAGCUGGGACCAAAGUAACAAAGCCUACCAUCAGUAACACACUACGCCGCCAGGGACUCAAAUCCUACAGUGCCAUAUGUGUCCCCCUGCUUAAGCCAGUACAUGUCCAGGCCCGUCUGAAGUUUGCUAGAGUGCAUUUGGAUGAUCCAGAAGAGGAUUGGGAGAAUGUCAUAUGGUCAGAUGAAACCAAAAUAUAACUUUUUGGUAAAAACUCAACUCGUCGUGUUUGGAGGACAAAGAAUGCUGAGUUGCAUCCAAAGAACACCAUACCUACUGUGAAGCAUGGGGGUGGAAACAUCAUGCUUUGGGGCUGUUUUUCUGCAAAGGGACCAGGACGACUGAUCCGUGUAAAGGAAAGAAUGAAUGGGGCCAUGUAUCGUGAGAUUUUGAGUGAAAACCUCCUUCCAUCAGCAAGGGCAUUGAAGAUGAAACGUGGCUGGUUCUUUCAGCAUGACAAUGAUCCCAAACACACCGCCCGGGCAACGAAGGAGUGGCUUCGUAAGAAGCAUUUCAAGGUCCUGGAGUGGCCUAGCCAGUCUCCAGAUCUCAACCCCAUAGAAAAUCUUUGGAGGGAGUUGAAAGUCCGUGUUGCCCAGCGACAGCCCCAAAACAUCACUGCUCUAGAGGAGAUCUGCAUGGAGGAAUGGGCCAAAAUACCAGCAACAGUGUGUGAAAACCUUGUGAAGACUUACAGAAAACGUUUGACCUGUGUCAUUGCCAACAAAGGGUAUAUAACAAAGUAUUGAGAAACUUUUGUUAUUGACCAAAUACUUAUUUUCCACCAUAAUUUGCAAAUAAAUUCAUUAAAAAUCCUACAAUGUGAUUUUCUGGAUUUUUUUCUUCUCAUUUUGUCUGUCAUAGUUGAUGUGUACCUAUGAUGAAUAUUACAGGCCUCUCUCAUCUUUUUAAGUGGGAGAACUUGCACAAUUGGUGGCUGACUAAAUACUUUAUUUCCCCACUGUAUCUGUUUCCAGUCUCCCCAAUGGUAAGAGCAGCAACACAGGCUAUGUUUGAUCAUAGAAAUAUAAUGAUAGAAUGACUCUACUUCUAUGUCUGUUUCCAGUCUCCACCAUGGUAAGAGCAGUAGCACGGGCAACCUGUUGGAGAGAGAGGACAUGGCCGGUGUCCCUACCCCUGACUACGGUAUGUCAUCUCGCCUGCUGGCACAGAGCGCUGCCAUGGCACACAGCAGACAACAACGCCCAUACAGCGUGGCAGGGCCAGGCUUCUCACAGGUAAACAACAAGAACAACACACACACACACACACACAGACGCACACAGACACACACACAGACACGCACACAGACACACACACACAUACACACAGAAGGUUUAUAUGCACAAACAUUGAAACUGUGAAAGCAUCUCAAAUGUGCAGGUAUUUCUUAUUUUAAUUACUUGACUAACUGCACAUAAAAUGAUGACAUAAAUACCCUGUCCCCAUGCUGUGAAAUGCACAUAAAAUGAUGACAUAAAUAUCCCGUGCCCAUGCUGCAUGUACAUACGGGUGGUCUUCUGAAUGCAUGCAUGACUGUAAGUCACUUUGAAGGAAAGCGUCUUCCAAAUGGCAUAUAUUAUUAUAUAUUAGUAUUAUAUAUACAGUACAUUCAAUACUGUACAGUCGUGGUCAAAAGUUUUGAAAAUGACACAAGUAUUGGUCUUCACAAAGUUCGCUGCUUCAGUGUUAUGAGAUAUUUUUGUCAGAUGUUACUAUGGUAUACUGAAGUAUAAUUACAAGCAUUCCAUAAGUGUCAAAGGCUUUUAUUGACAAUUACAUUAAGUUUAUGCAAAGAGUCAAUAUUUGCAGUGUUGACCCUUCUUUUUCAAGACCUCUGCAAUCCACCCUGGCAUGCUGUCAAUUAACUUAUGGGCCACAUCCUGACUGAUGGCAGCCCAUUCUUGCAUAAUCAAUGCUUGGAGUUUGUCAGAAUUUGUGGGGUUUUGUUUGUCCACCCGCCUCUUGAGGAUCGACCACAAGUUCUCAAUGGGAUUAAGGUCUGGGGAGUUCCCUGGCCAUGGACCCAAAAUGUUGAUGUUUUGUUCCCCGAGCCACUUAGUUAUCACUUUUGCCUUAUGGCAAGGUGCUCCAUUAUUGGUCGUCAUCAAACUUUCUUGGAUGGUUGGGAGAAGUUGCUCGCGGAGGAUGUGUUGGUACCAUUCUUUAUUCAUGGCUGUGUUCUUAGGCAAAAUUCUGAGUGAGCCCACUCCCUUGGCUGAGAAGCAACCCCACACAUGAAUGGUCUCAGGAUGCUUUACUGUUGGCAUGACACAGAACUGAUGGUAGCGCUCACCUUGUCUUCAAGGUGGACAAGGUGUUUUCCGGAUGCCCCAAACAAUCAGAAAGGGGAUUCAUCAGAGAAAAUGACUUUACCCCAGUCCUCAGCAGUCCAAUCCCUGUACCUUUUGCAGAAUAUCAGUCUGUCCUGAUGUUUUUCCUGGCUUCUUUGCUGCCCUCCUUGACACCAGGCCAUCCUCCAAAAGUCUUCGCCUUACUGUGCGUGCAGAUGCACUCGCACCUGCCUGCUGCCAUUCCUGAGCAAGCUCUGCACUGGUGGUGCCCCGAUCCCGCAACUGAAUCAACUUUAGGAGACGGUCCUGGCGCUUGCUGGACUUUCUUGGGCGCCCUGAUGCCUUCUUCACAACAAUUGAACCUCUCUCCUUGAAGUUCUUGAUGAUCCGAUAAAUGGUUGAUUUAGGUGCAAUCUUACUAGCAGCAAUACCCUUGCCUGUGAAGCCCUUUUUGUGCAAAGCAAUGAUGAUGGCAUGUGUUUCCUUGCAGGAACCAUGGUUAACAGAGGAAGAACAAAGAUUUCAAGCACCACCCUCCUUCCAGUCUGUUAUUCUAACUCAAUCAGCAUGACAGAGUGAUCUCCAGCCUUGUCCUCGUCAACACUCUCACCUGUGUUAAUGAGAGAAUCACUGACAUGAUGGCAGCUGGUCCUUUUGUGGCAGGGCUGAAAUUCAGUGGACAUGUUUUUUGGGGGAUUAAGUUCAUUUUCAUGGCAAAGAGGGACUUUGCAAUGAAUUGCAAUUAAUCUGAUCACUCUUCAUGACAUUCUGGAUUAUAUGCAAAUUGCCAUCAUCAAAACUGAGGCAGCAGACCUUGUGAAAAUGUGUAUUUGUGUCAUUCUCAAAACUUUUGACCACGACUGUACAUAUACCACUCCAGCUCACUUAGUUAGCCCAAAUAUACUGAACAAAAAUAUAAACGCAACAUGCAACAAUUUCAACAAUUGUAUUUAGUUACAGUUCAUAUGAGAAAAUCAGUCAAUUGAAAUACAUUUAUUAGGCCCUAAUCUAUGGAUUUCACAUGACUGGGCAGGGUCACAGCCAUGGGUGGGCCUUGUGAGGGCAUAGGCCCAACACUGGGGAGCCAGGUCCAGCCAAUCAGAAUAAGUUUAAUAAAGCCACAAAAGGGCUUUAUUAAAGACAGAAAUACUCCUCAGUUUUGUCACCUGUCCGGGUGGCUGGUCUCAGAUGAUCCCGCAGGUGAAGAAGCCGGAUGUGGAGGUCCUAGGCUGGUGUGGUUACACGUGGUCUGCGGUUGUGAGGCCAGUUGGACAUACUGCCAAAUUCUCUAAAACAACGUUGGAGGCGGCUUAUGGUAGAGAAAUGAACAUUCAAUUCACUGGCAACAGCUCUGGUGACAAUUCCUGCAGUCAGCAUGCCAAUUGCACACUCCAUCAAAACUUGAGACAUCUGUGGCAUUGUGUUGUGUGACAAAACUGCACAUUUUAGAGUGGCCUUUUAUUGUCCCCAGCACAAGGUGCACCUGUGUAAUGAUCAUGCUGUUUAAUCAGCUUCUUGAUAUGCCACACCUGUCAGGUGGAUGGAUUAUCUUGGCAAAGGAGAAAUGCUCACUAACAGGGAUGUAAACUAAUAAAAUAAGCUUUUUGUGCUUUUGGAACAUUCCUGGGAUCUUUUAUUUCAGCUCAUGAAACAUAAGACGAGCACUUUACAUGUUGCGUUUAUAUUUUUGUUCAGUAUUUAUAGGAGGAGUCAACCAUCAAUAUGACAGGCUGUGUGUUCUACCAGUACACCAGGUCCCCAGUCUCACUCAACACAGCUUUCCCACAACGUUCUGGCCCAUUAACUUACAUAAACAGUGGAUCAGUUCCCCUCUGCCUCACACACUGUGUUUGUGUGUGUGUGUGUUUGUCUGAGGGUGUGUGUGCGAGCAUGUGUUUCUGAAUCUGAGUGUCUUUGUGUGUGCGUGUGUGUGACUGGCCUCACAGAGAUGACAGAGCCCAGAUUGGAGAAGGCUGCUUGCCGUUCGGUUGCCUCUGGUACUGCCGAAAGUAGUUGUGAUAGGAGCCCGCUGAUAACAUGAAGAGGGACUAGCGCAGCUGACGGGAGACACACACACUGUCGUUGAGGCUAGAGUGAGCGGGGGCUGUGUCACAUUAUCUAACACCAAAACUCAACCCUUUACAGGGCUUUUGGGUAGGAGGAGGCGGAGAGGGGCUGUACGUGGGCAUGAUAAUAGUCUCUAAUUGCUCAGAUAGUCACGUAACAACUUAUUUUCCCACCUCAGAUCAUUUCAGGGAUAUGUCUCUAGUGUUGUUCUGAGAGAAUAGAGAUAGUUACAACAGACAGUUCUGUUAGUUCUACAGUUCUAUAGUUCUACAGCCGUAUCACUCUGACUACAGGCAGUGGUGUUCUGCUGGUGCCCCCUACUGGCUCAUAUUAGUAUGGCAACUGUCAACACUUCAAUUACUGAUAAUAUUUACAUUUUACAUAUUUAGCAGACGCUCUUAUCCAGAGCGACUUACAGUUAGCGAUAGCAUACUUUUUUUUUUUUUUUCAUACUGGUCCCCCGUGGGAAUCGAACCCACAACCCUGGCGUUGCAAGCGCCAUGCUCUACCAACUGAGCUACACGGGGCCAUUUAUAUAAGCCAUUUAGCAGAUGCUUUUAUCCAAAGCAACUUACAGUCCUGUGUGCAUAAAUGUUUCUAAAUAGUGGCCCUAGCAGGAAUCAAACCCACGAUUCUUGGCAUUGUAAGCACCACAUGCUACCGACUGAGAUACAUUGGACCAUAAACUACUGCAGUAGCCUACCUGUCUGUCUACCUUGUCUAACAUGGCGGUACAAUAUAGCCAGCAAAUCAAUUGCUACUGUUUUGGAUUGCCAAUAAAGCAAUACUGUUAUAUUUUUUUCAAUUUUCCAGUGUGACACAAAAGUGCCAAUGACUUGAUGGCUGAAAAGUGGUUUGUCUUUUUCUCAACAGCAAGGACUUGAAGACUAUGAGCAACGUUUUUCAACAAGGUAAAGCUCACUUUUCUCUAUAUAGAUAAAAAAUACCUUUGAUUGUGAUACUGAAUUGAUAAGGUUUGGACAGGAUUGCACUAGAAAGACUGGGAAUGCAUUACAUAUACAGUAUCAAAGAGUAGCCAGAACAAGUAGGCAGGUCAUUCCACUGAUAGGAACUCCAACUUUACAACAUCAACUGUCAAACUACAAAGAAGGACACAUCAGGUUUUUGUUGUGUUAUUUUCCAUAUAAUUUGAAUGGUUUCCUAUUUGUGUUUCUGUUUUUUCCCCGACUAAUUUGAGUGAGACUUAGCUACAAUAUUAUCAUGGUUAUGUGAUAAUAUCAUGUGGGAUAGAAAGGUUGGUUUAGGUUGGUUUGCUACCGACAGUUGGGCCAGCCAAUCACAGUAACAGGUGAGAUUCUAGACCUGGAACCCAAAAUCCCAAUGGUGUUCCACCUCAACCCAUGUUGGACCAAUGGGAAUCACUUAUCCUUAUCCCAUUUAUCCUAAUGGGUCAAAUAAGUAUUUUCCCUCAAUGUUUUUUCCUUUUACUUUGAAACAUAUGUUUUGCUUUAGCUUUUAUCGUUAAGUUUCAUUUUGGUUCUUUUUACAUUUAGUUUUUAUGUUUUUAAAUUUGAAGUCAGGGAAAAGCCUCAAGCUUACAUGCUCCCAUUUUGACCUUCCACGCGUCAUGCAGCUAGCUAGCGCUUCCAUAGUAUUACUACUAUCCCCUCUGCUCCCCACGCUGUGCUCCGUGUCCAUGUGUAAACUACAGUAUACUAGACCUGGGUCCAUGUAGUAUGUGUUUUCUAUACUGUUUGAACUCAGGUCUGCAGUAAACAUUGACUGUGAAAGGCUGUCAGUUCAUGUCAGAGAAAUGAGAUUGAAGACGUUUUACUGUCUCCUCCCUAUACCUCUGGGGGAAAUGUUAUGUUUACUGUAUGAAAUACUCUGAUAUUCAAAUAAUCAUCGUGAAUGGAUGAAGGGAAUGUUCAGACAGAGCAGCAACAUGGCACCCAGCUCCAAAGUUGGCCAAACUACAGUAUAUGCCUGUAGAUUGGCCAACUGUAUUUGGUUGUGUUGCUCCACUGUUGUUUCUUUGAGUGCCUAUAUACCACACCUACCUGGAAGCUUCUCCUUCUCUUUGUUCCACAGUUCCGAAGGGGGAACAGUUCCGAAAUUGAUUUCAACAGUGUGAGAAGGGACAGACAGACAGACAGACAGACAGACACAGACUCAGCUUGCUGCUGCUGCAAUAGGACUGACUGCCUGCCAGGCACCUCUGCAAUCCCUCAUCAUCAGCCCUCCUUGCCAGUCACUCUCACCCUUUCUCUCCCGCCCACUCUCUAACCUCACCCCUCCUCUCUUGCCCUCUCUCUAACCCUCACCCCUCCUCUCUUGCCCUAUCGCUAACCUCACCCCUCCUCUCUUGCCCUCUCUCUAACCCUCACCCCUCCUCUCUUGCCCUCUCUCUAACCUCACCCCUCCUCUCUCGCCCUCUCUCUAACCCUCACCCCUCCUCUCUUGCCCUCUCUCUAACCCUCACCCCUCCUCUCUUGCCCUCUCUCUAACCCUCACCCCUCCUCUCUCGCCCUCUCUCUAACCCUCACCCCUCCUCUCUUGCCCUCUCUCUAACCCUCACCCUUCAUCUCUUGCCCUCUCUCUAACCCUCACCCCUCUUCUCUCGUCCUCUCUCUAACCCACCACAGCACUCCCCUCUCCACCUGAGCUUACCAGUCCAUUUCCCUAUUCCCCCCCCCCCUCCCCUCCACCAUCCUCCCCCUUCCAUCCCACCAAGGGAAAGACUUGUCUCUCCUCCUAUCCUCUCCCUCCCUCCACACCCUGCACUUCCACGCUACGCUGCAGUUCCCAGGCCAAGCACUGGUGGAACCAGAACCACAAAGCAGAACCAACUAACCCCUCGCUAAAGGACACCAUCCUGAUCCAUCCUUGUUAA